AUGGGACUUUUAUCCAUUUUACGAAAAAUUCGACAGAAAGAAAAGGAAAUAAGGAUACUUGUGCUCGGACUAGACAACGCGGGAAAAACAACUAUUUUAAAGCGUUUAAAUGGCGAAAACAUUGAUACGAUUUCACCAACCUUGGGUUUUAACAUCAAAACUUUGGAACACAAUGGGUUUAAAUUACACUUUUUUGAUGUCGGUGGUCAAAAGUCUAUAAGAUCUUAUUGGCGCAAUUAUUUUGAACAAACUGACGGUGUAAUAUGGGUUGUAGAUAGUGCUGAUAGAAUGCGUCUAGAAGAUUGUAAGAAGGAAUUGCAAUCGUUAUUACUAGAAGAGCGUUUAGCCGGCGCUUCGUUAUUAGUUUUCGCUAAUAAGCAAGAUCUCCCUGGCGCGUUGACUGAUCUACAGAUUCGUCAGGGACUUGACCUUAAUUCAAUUGUAACUCAUCACUGGGCAAUUCAGAGUUGUAGUGCAGUCACUGGUGAAAAUUUACUCCGUGGAAUGGAUUGGAUUGUCGGUGACAUAGCUUCUCGCAUUUAUUUACUUGAUUGA